GCCAUGCCGAGCUGAUGAUGAUGACAAUAGCUGACAUCAUAAAGCAAUUAAUCGAAGCUCAUGAGCAGGGAAAAGAUGUGAAUCUGAACAAGCUGAAAACCAAGACCUCAGCGAAGUAUGGGCUGUCAGCACAGCCUCGUUUGGUUGACAUCAUCGCUGCUGUUCCACCACAGUACCGCAAGGUGCUGGUACCAAAGCUGAAGGCCAAGCCUAUAAGGACUGCUAGCGGGAUUGCUGUCGUGGCUGUGAUGUGUAAACCACACAGGUGUCCACACAUUAACUUUACAGGCAACAUAUGUGUAUACUGCCCAGGUGGACCUGAUUCUGAUUUUGAAUAUUCAACACAGUCUUACACUGGAUAUGAGCCUACGUCCAUGAGGGCCAUUCGGGCUAGAUAUGACCCCUAUCUCCAGACAAGACACAGAGUGGAACAGCUGAAGCAGUUGGGCCACAGCGUGGAUAAAGUAGAGUUUAUUGUGAUGGGUGGAACAUUCAUGGCCCUUCCUGAAGACUACAGAGAUUACUUCAUCAGAAACCUUCACGAUGCCUUAUCAGGUCACACUUCCAAUAAUGUAGCAGAGGCCGUCAGGUAUUCAGAACGAAGCCUGACAAAAUGCGUUGGGAUAACGAUAGAGACCAGACCAGAUUACUGCCUGAAGCGGCAUUUAAGUGACAUGUUAUCCUACGGCUGUACGAGGCUGGAGAUCGGAGUGCAGAGCGUGUACGAGGAUGUGGCCAGGGAUACCAACAGGUAAGAGGAAAGCUUCGAUGUGAAGCUGAGUGUG